CCCGUGACCACUUAUCACGAGGUCAUUAAUAACUGAACACACGUAAUUCUAGUUUUGCCGGUGACGGAUUCUUCGUGGACUCUGUUAAAUCUGAGAUCCAACCCUGCAACAUGCUCACCAAGGAAAUGGAAUACCACCCAGUAUACAGCCUCAAGGAAACGCCUGGAUACUUCAUGAGCCGAGCAAAAGCAUUCCUUAUUCUGCUUGUGUUUGUCUCGCUGGUGAUUGUCUUAAUUGUACUAGCAGUGAUGUUAGCUCAGCAGAAGGGAACGCAAGGAAAGGUGUGCGAAGGCAAAGAUGAUCCCAUUGGUAAGUGAAAAUGUGAAGCCGAAGUCAAUGAGUCAUGGGCCAAAUGAGUCAAUAAGUCAUGAGUCAACUUAUAUACUGGCACUGUAUACCGUGAGUCAGGUCGGGGUUAAGCACUAACAUAGUAAUGGGGGUGAACACUGACAGAAGCAUUAAAUAGAGUGAUUUUGCCGGGUUUACCGAGCUAAAAUUCUCAUACAAAGGCCAUGAAGACGUUAUAUUCAUUCUGCCGUAUGUUACGUAAUGAGGCUAUGUCUAUGCUAUACCGGAUACCUCUUGUGCCUGUACCAACCAUAUCGGUAAGGUCUUUAACGGACACAUUAGAGAGGUGACUUCGGAGCGGUUUCAUUUUAACGGAGCGCAGCGUUGAUCUUGAACAGGUGUUGAUACGAGGCCAGAGUACUUUUCAUCUCGACCGAGCUAUGGCAGCCUCAAUAACUCUAACAUGAUUCCAACGAAUUUCUUUAACGGAAUAGAGAAUCUUGUACGACAAGGACGGAGGGAUCAAUUAGUUCUACCAACAACAGAUUUAAAUAAGAACAUUUUUUUGAAGCCUAGGGCUUAAGCAGCACAUUUCUCUGCCAAAGAUGCCGAAAUCAAGAUAAUACAAUUAAUAAAAGAUUCCACUUAAACUCACCGCAUGAUCGUUUGCUUACAUUGUUGUUAAUAUAAUCACUUCUGAAUAAUUGACAAGCAAUUGCCUACGUAUCAAGCACUACAGAUUCCUAUAUUUAGUGGUAAAAACAACCCACAUUUUGAGAGUGGGGAUCGAGUCCACCACUUACGCGCGACGCCAAAUUAUAAAGCUUGAGGGGUAUAUUAUUUGCAUGUCAAAAAACUGUGAUUUCUCUCCUGGAGGCCGAAUUGCCAUAUGGCCACUACUGAUUGGAAAUACGGCAACCGAAGUUUUUUAAUGCUGUUGAUCAGUCUUUGCUGUUGUCGUUUUGAAAAAAAGUGAAUUUACGCUUCACUAACGUUGAGUUUCAUACCAAACACUUGACAAAACUUAACUAAUGAGCGACUACCGAUCGAGCAAAGUCCAUUAUAUUCAAGUUAGAAAGGAAAAUAUGCCCGGGGCGAGGGUGAGGGGGUCCUCCCCAGACUAUAGGAAUAGGCUCAGCCUAUAAAAUAAGAUACCCGGCCUUAUUCAGGCUUCAGGUAAAUUAACUAAAGAAUAGGGAUUUUAAGUUGAGGUAAUAUGAAAUCCAGAAUAAGGAAAUCUUUCAAUAGAGACCUUAAGAUACCCCGAAAUCGGUGUACGGGUAACGGGUAGCGCCAUGUUUUUUUCAUUUUGUGGUGACGUCAUCGACCUUACCCGGUAGAACCAGCCGCUUUUCCGGGGUAGACACCAGUUUACCCGUAGAAGAUUUACGAGUAGCUGCAAGUCCUACAUGAUGGAGAAACGAGUAAGUUUUUAAGACUUUUUAAGUACAAAUGUAAAUUGUAUGACUCCUUGGCAAUGUUAUUGCAAGUCUGUUCAAAUAUNAUUUACGAGUAGCUGCAAGUCCUACAUGAUGGAGAAACGAGUAAGUUUUUAAGACUUUUUAAGUACAAAUGUAAAUUGUAUGACUCCUUGGCAAUGUUAUUGCAAGUCUGUUCAAAUAUUUUUGCCAAAUUUGAAUUUUAGCUGUAAAGAAAGCGCUUCAAAAAUUUUGGACCUCAAAUGCGCAGGUUGAACUCUGAAACGAUAUCAAUUUGUGGCGGUAUUUGGGGGAAUUUCUGAGAAUUGCUCCAACGUUUGAGUUUCGCAAAAGAAAUAGCAUUGAAAAAUUUAGCAUGGGAGUCACUGUUGAAGUUGACAAUCAAAGGAAUUGUUUGGUGAUGUGCCUCGAUCAAAUGGCGGGGUUUGCCAUAACAAGCUUUCGGUCGAGGGACUUCCUGCCAAGUUUAUUAAAAUCUUUUUAUGAUAUUUCAAUAAGCUUAUGUAUGAAUGAAUUAUUUGUUGCAGCUUGUUAUAAAGAUAUGAAGUGUAGAAUUUGAGGGAGAUUUUGUAUGCAUUAAGCGACAUGCAUGUACAAAGUUAAUUUUGCGUGCUUGUUCUUCGGGUAUUUUUAAUCGAAAUAGUCACGCACAUGAACAUUUUAAGUGUACGGGUACACUACCGGUACCCGUACACCGAUAUUGGGGUAUCUUAAGGUCUCUAUUAUUUGAAUAAUAAACGAAAGAAAUUAAACCUUUUUUUUUUGCUUAGAAGUCGGCUUUGAUUGCUGUUCUACCGAAUAUUGUUCACAUUAAAAAAUGUAUGCACUGUUCUUAGGCAAGUAAGUGAAGACGGUACAAGUUUUAAUUGGAAGGUAUAUGAAAGAGGUGCUUUUUGGUCAAAAAUGGUUUAUAAACGCUUAGGGUUUGAAACUCGGGGCAGAGCCUCCCGGCGAAAACUGAAUACUUUGUUGAGUUCCCUUUUGCAUGCCCGCCCCCUCCGGGAAGAAAACCGAACGUUUACAGCCUUUCUAUAUCCUUUAAACUCAAUCUUUUCUAUUUUUCUUCCACUAGAGGAAAAGUCAUCCUUGAGCCCAUUGUCCUGUGAUGUGGUUGUGGUUGGAGGUGGUAUUUCAGGAUUGUACAUGGCAGAGACACUCGUGCGAAGGAAGAAAGAACAUGACGUGUGUUUGUUCGAAAAAGAUCCAAGGUUCGGCGGAAGAAAUUAUGACGUCGCCUUUAAACAAGCUCAAAACGUCAGCCUAAGUAAGAAACUUCAUUUUCCUUGAACUUGAUAAAUUCUUAGAAGAUUACUAGCCUGAAUUUCAUCCGAUUACUUCAAGUCGUUAUUACUCCCUCAUGUUGAGAGGAGAAAACGACUCGAAGGAAUCGGAUGAAUUUCAGGCUAAGAAGAUUACUUGAGUAAAACAUAUGAUCAUUAACUAUUGGGGAGGGAAGGGGGUUGGUCUUAUUUGAAACCCAUUAAUAAUUCACGAUCAUACAACGAAAGGAGUCAUUACUGUGAAGGAUACAAUAUUAUUAAGUGAAUUAACUGGUCACUGCUGAAGACAUAGAUGUUUCGAUCCCUUUUCGAUCGCCAGCCCUUCAUGUUUCAGUCUGUUGUUCAUAUCAAUCGCGAGAGCGAGUUUAUACCUGCUAUACUUGCGAGUAUAUACUUGUGGUUUGUGUGUACGGUGUUACUCAGUUUAUUUAAUUGAAUGGUGAAGCUACGCUAACAUGAAAACCAAGAAAAAACUUAUUCUUAACUAAUCAAAUGAAAAGCCUUUGUUGACUUCGUCACACGUCAAAAGCUCCAUCCUAUAAAUUUAAAUUUCUUAGUUAAUAACUCUAUCUGAAACGUUUACUCAUCUGGCGAACCCAGCACGGUGCGUUGUGUUCAACAGAUUGCACCACACAAAAGUCAAAUCAAAGUAAAAACUAAUAAGGGCAACUCGUGGAUACAUUUUUUAGAAAUUAAAAAGAGCAGGGGAACGAUGAAAUAAACUAGUAUUUCUUUCGAAACUAACCCUUCGAGAAAUGUCCAGCAUAACUCUUUCUCAAACCCUUCACUAAUAACAUCAGACACAAAAGAAAAAAGUAACGGUUGAUUAAGACCGAAUUAAAAUUUUACAGAGUAAUGUUCCAUAGCACUGUUCAAACUAAUGUUUGAUCCGAUAUCCAGCAAUUGCUGAACGCCUCGUUCCUUCAGGUCCUUUUUUUCCCUUGGUGUUUGGAUGUUGGAUGAAACACGUGUUUCACAGAAAACGUUAAGAAGAAGAGUCGGAUCUCCGUAACUGUAAAAUGGAUCCACCCAAGCAACCGUUCAUUUUUCAGUAUGUGUUCCUUUAUUAGGUAUGGGAGCUUGGAGAGUAAACACAGCUCACAAGAAAAUGUUGUAAGUUUUCAAAAGUUGCUGCAGUUCUUAAUUUUAUACUGCCCUUUUAUCAAUGCCAAAAAUCAACUUUGAAAUCUUCAGACUCAAGCUAAAUUAUUAAGGAGAACCUUUUAAUAUGUUUUUUUCUUUUUCAGAAACUUAGCGAAAAGGCUCAAUAUCUCGAUGCUUAAAAUGCCUUCAUUGACCAUUGAUUAUUUAGAAGGCAGAGGAAUAUAUGCCGACAACCAUCAGUCCUUAAAGGAAAAAGCUUUUCCCACUCUCAUGUCCACUAUCUUUGCUAACAUGACUCCUUCUCAGAUGUUUGCGUUUGCUUGGAGGAACAUGUCCAAAGAGAAAGCUUUAGAGUAUCCGUCUUACCAGGAUUUCCUUUGCCAGCGAGUUGGAAGUGAAGGAUGUGCCUUUUUAAAUCUGAUUUACGGAAUAAAAAUGAAUUAUAAUAUAGCGAGAAGCACGAUGACUAGAUACGAGAGUAAUAACGGAAUGAAGUUUACAUCUGAAUACGUUAGACCAAGAGGUGGAUUAUCCGAAAUUGUGGAUGCUUUAGCGAAAUCUGUGAAGCGUUUUGGGGUAAGAAUGUACGCAAAGGAAGCUGUGAGCUCAAUCGACAGAGACGGAGAACCAAACACGUUUGUAGUCCGUACUGAACGUUACGUUGUAUCGGCUAAAAAGGUUAUCGUUGCUAUCCCAUUUUUGCCAUUAAAAGAGAUAAACGGUGAUAUCGCCUUUGAAAUCAAAAAUCAUGCUUAUUUCACGCAUAUCAUUGGUCAAAAAUGCUUCAAAGCAGUGGCGAUUUACAAGUAUCCUUGGUGGGAAAACGCAACAUCGGUCCAUAACAUGUCGUUGAAGACCUGGAAAAGAUACGUAUCAACUGCUACUUGUUUGGUGUAUAUGAUGCCUUACAGGUAAUUAUAAGCUGAACGAAAAUCAUCCCCCUAUGUAAUUUUACCGAGGACAAAGCAGGGGCACCCAACGAGGAUAUAGUUCAAAACCACUUAAACAUAGCAUUGUUAAACGUAUUUUAGUAUUUAAACCGUAGAUAUAGGCAUAUUUUUAUCCCCUAGAAAUUUUACAUCUGUUCGGCGUUCCUAGCUGAAAGUCUAGUGAUCCGAAAAUUAUAGGGAUCAAAACUUACCUUUCCGAAAAUUUCAGCCAGAAAAACAGCACCCGAAAAUUCAAGGUGACCUUUUAAGGGUAAAAAUCCGUUAAAAAAGGGCAAUUAUACCAAUUUUUUAGAUGUUCGAAAAUCCUAGGAGAGGCAGGCGAGCAAGAAAUUUUACAACAAAUGUUCCGAAAAUUGUAGAUCGCAAAUCGUCUUCCGAACAGAUAUUUUCCGAAAAUUGUCGUUGGGUGCCCCUAACAAAGUAACCUUUUAUGAUCGGAGCCGGAACGGAAUAUUUUUUAGUUUCAUUGGCCUGAUCCUGGCUGGGUAAGGAGAAACUUUUAUCAAGGUGCAGGGCUCAUCUCAUAGUUUUCAUGAUGCCUACUCUUGCAUUAAAACUGACUGGAGGUAUAUAGGUGGUUUUCACGUUACGUCAUCGCCGUCAUGCUGGUGGACGGUAAACAAAAGAUCGCUCAUUAGCUCGCUUUGUUUGUCCACCAUCAUUUGUUCAUUUCACCAUUGUUAUUUGUGUCUCCCGAGAUUGCAUGAAAACCACCUAUUGGCCAUUUAGCUGAUGCUUUGAGACUGGCCAGGUCAACUUUGUGUCCAAUUGGAGGGUUCCCGAUAGGUUUUGUGGGAUCCAGCGGGAUUUGUCUUAUUUGAAGGCCGGGAUGCUGGAAUUUAAACCAAAAUGUCGCGAAAAAAGUAAAAAAUAGUUUAAAAAUGCUAAAAAAAUUAAAAAUUGCCGAAAAGUUGCCGAGCAACUUGUGGCUAAGCCUAUUGCCAAGCUCUGCCUAGCUGAUAAAGCACUAUCAUUUAAAUGAAGAUAUGAUCGUUGCGGUUACCAUAGUAAUUUAAGCAAUUGCAAAUUAAGCUUCCUAAACCCCCCCCCCCCCCCCCCUACCAAAAACCAACAACAACAACAAUAACGGAUUUCAACGAGAUUCAAGCAUAUGGCCUCUGUGUUAGCGCUGAACUACUCCACCAAGUGAGAAAGAAGACCCAUACAUUGGCAGCAGCCCAAUUUGCGACCUCGUCGAUCCCCAAGGCUUUCCGUCCCUCAAUUUUCUAAGGGAAAAGCCAUGCGGACGAAGUUGGCCAGUUUGUUGAGUUCUUCUUAACCCGUGAAAGGAAUAAAACACAAAAAUAAUAAAGAUUAUGUGAACCGGGCAAAUGAAGAUAUGACCGAGGUUCACGUCAUCUUCAUUCUAUAUUAGCACUAUCUGUUACUAAUGCCGCAAAUUUCUAAUUGCCAAGUUUGUCUUUCUUUGUAUUUUAGCCAAGGACCUCAAGGUGAAGGAAUCAUUCAACUAAGCUACAAUUUUUACGACUGCGCAGUGAAAUGGGGCCAGCUUUCCAAAUUACCUACAGCCACAUUCCUAUCGGAAUUGAAUAAAGCUGUGCAGGCGGUGUUUCCAGGAAUGGUUGUUCCGGAACCCCUCGACGUCAAAUUCAAGUACUGGGAAGCGUGCUGGCAAGUAUUAAAUUAAAUCGAUUAUGAAAACAUCUAGAUUCACAGCAGCAAGCCCGUAAAAAACUUUGGGUCAAACAGACUGGAAUCAAAGAAUGAUUCCCUGCUAGAAAUCUCUCACAGCAAGAGAAGAAGGAGCCUGAGGAAAGGCCUCUGCUAACCCCCGACGCGUGGCCUGAGAGUUUUGGCCAUUCUCGCGGACUUUGCCGCGAGAAUGCGACCUCCCCAUUCUCCGCACGGCUUUGCAGUUCCUUUGCCAAAAUUUUUGCCCAUGCUAAAUAACACUCCCGCCGGGUACCCAGGCCACCGCGCGUUCUUUUAUGUAGCCGCCGACCACAUCUGUGCUCAAACCUUACUACUUUUUAAAACCAGUUUCGUUCAAUAAGGAAUGCGCGUGCCCUUAGACCGUACGUGAUACAUCAAAGGCUGCUUGGUGCUCACUUGCAAAUUUUUUUAAGAAGACUCUCUUCGCUGCAUUAAUUCUUGAAAGAAAAGGAGUCUCUGAAAAUGGGAUGAAUCAGUCUCUCACGCUGUGACACGUCCUAAAGAAAUUUGUAGCCUUAAGACUCCAGCCUGGUUCCCAGAACCUUUCCCUUAGAAGGUGGCCCCUCCCAUUUUCUAGGGAAAAACCCCAGAGGGGUACUCCUGAGAAUUCUUCGUGGGGGCAUGCCGCCCUGUUCUCCAAAUCCUGACCCUAUUUCAGAUGAAAAAAUGUCAUUUUUCGCACCCGUUUUCAGACCUGACCUCUAAGAAAUCAUGUCAUCAUUACUUAGAUUAGAGAGCAACAUAAAAGAUUUCUUAAAAUCCAUUUCGAAUUCGCAUAUUUCUCUUUCUUUCUCACUCAUUCUGAAUUGAAACUAUAAAUACGAUCAUACACUUCCGUAGUUCCCUCGAAAACCGUACCCGAUUCCAGACCGAAAUGGGCAAAGUCUAUACCCGUUUUCAGACAAAAACGGCGCAAAAAAGCAUGACCUUUAGGGCGGCGCAUACCUACAUGGGUUGUAUAAGAGAGUAACCCCUCCCUCCCCCGGCUAAAAAUUCUCAAAUUCCCUAGUGAUUUUACAUGUUAUGCUGUAUUCAUUUAAAACUUGCGCACUGCACACCUUAUGAUUCUGUAAGGGGCGGGUGUUAAGGGGUAGGGGCGCUUGUCUAAAGAGUGGCGCUGAUUCGAGCAUUUACGUAAUGUUUUAGGCAUUACACAAAGGCAGGAUCUAACGUCAGCCGUCAAGAUACAGAGGAAUGGGCCAAGCGCCCUUUUCCAGGAGAGGAGGUAUACAUCGUCGGUGAAGCGUUUGCGGUGAUCGUGGGAUGGAAUGAAGGAGCCCUCCAAACAGCAUACAAAGCACUUAAGGAAGGAUGGGGAAUAGAAGAGCCAGAACCUUAA